ACAUUCUUUAGAAAAAUAUGAACAUAAAACAAAACAACGUAUGAGGUGGACGAAGACUUGAGGUGUAAUAAAUUUGUUUAAAAAGAGUUACAUUAGAAAUAAGUGUUGCGUUUUCUUCACCAAAAUGGGGACUGCCGGUCAGUCCAUCACGCUGGCCAAUAGUAUUAUCGGCGUGGGAAUUCUGGCUAUGCCUUUUUGUUUCCAAAAAUGUGGUGUGGUGCUAGCUACAUUAAUUCUCUUAUCAAUGGGAUUAGUAUCAAGAUUGUGCUGUUAUUUUUUACUCAAAUCAGCACUUCUAGCCAGGAGAAGGAAUUUUGAGUUUUUGGCAUUCCAUGUGUUUGGCCCUGCUGGUAAAAUGGCUGUAGAAGUGGGUAUAAUUGGGUUUUUGAUGGGCACAUGUAUUGCUUACUUUGUCGUGGUGGGUGAUCUGGGUCCACAGAUUAUAGCCAAAAUGCUGAAUAUCAACCAAAGUGAUAUUUUGAGGACAUCAAUAAUGGUGAUAGUUUCGCUGGUUUGCGUGCUGCCACUGGGUUUGCUCAGAAAUGUAGACAGUUUGAGCAACGUCAGUGCAGCCACUAUAGGCUUCUACUUCUGUCUUGUUAUGAAGGUUAUAGCCGAGGCAGCAUCACAGCUAUUAACCGGCGAGUGGCACACGCGUAUGGAAAUGUGGAAACCUUCAGGUUUCCUGCAAUGCGUGCCUAUCUUCUCUAUGGCGUUGUUUUGUCAAACACAACUGUUUGAGAUUUUCGAAUCUCUCCCAUCAUUGUCUUUGGAAAAAAUGAACUUGGUCACUAAAAACGCAAUAAAUAUAUGCACGGGUGUAUAUUUCACACUCGGCCUAUUCGGAUACAUCGCAUUCUGUUCUCAAGAGAUAUCUGGUAAUAUUCUCAUGAGUCUCAGUCCAACGAUGACCAGUGACGUCAUCAAACUGGGUUUCGUGAUGUCCCUGGCGUUCAGUUUUCCGCUUAUUAUCUUCCCCUGCAGAGCGAGUCUUUAUUCUUUCCUCUAUAAAAAGGUACACUCGUCCCACCACGACCAUAUGGUGAACCAUUCGAUACCGGAGAGGUCAUUCCGCUGUAUCACGGUGGCUAUCAUUGCAGUGGCCUUGUUCAUCAGUCUGCUGAUUCCCAACAUAGAACUAGUGCUCGGCCUGGUGGGGUCCACUAUAGGAGUGCUCAUUUGCGUGGUGUUCCCUGCUGCUUGCUUUGUCAACGUCACGUUCAAGAAUACCAAUGAAAGAGUUUUGGCGAAGGCUAUACUCCUGCUGGGUCUAAUUAUAAUGGUUCUCGGCACGUACGCUAAUUUACAAGCCGCUGAGACGCAGCUAGACAGAUACGACGAUAAAUACAUAACGCAAGAACGGAUCGACAAGAUCGUUGAAGAUUUCUUUGAGAAACGAGGGAAAUUGGAAGAAAUCAAAGUGAAGCCUUUGCCAGAAAGUGUCCCAAAUCCACCAGAUCCAAUCAUUAUAGACAAUAAUAUAAUAAAAGAUUCAGAAGUCCAGCCGCCAAAUCCAGUUCCGCCGGAUAUGUCAAACGAAAAAGUGCCGAACAAUCCUAUUAAAGAACUCAAAGAAAAACAUGAAGUUAUAAAAACAAGUGCCGAGAAAUUAUCAGAAUUACACCCGAAAGAUGUGAAAGCAAAACUGAAUGAAGCGCUAUUGCAGAACGGUAAUAGUCACGAAGAAAAUAAGGAAGAAAAACCUAAAGAAGUCAAUAAUGCUAAACCUGCUAAUGAUGAUAAAAUCCACAUGUUAAAACAACAGGAGCUUAUAGAAAAAAUCAAACAACACGGCGAAGAACAACAGGAAUUAAUAAAAGAAAAGAAAGAAAUUGUAGACGAAAUUCUUAAAACCAAGAAAGAGCUACAAGAAAAUAGGGAUGAGGUUGGCAGCGCCGAAGCUAAAAAGAUAGCGGUGGAGAGCAUUAAGCAGAUUGCUAACAUGGCUAUAAAGAGUAUCGGUGGUGUGUCAGAAAAACCAGAUGGCCCAGCUGAAGAGGUUCAAAAAUCAGAAGGGUUAGGAAAAUUAACAAACAAUGCAGUACUCGAAAUAGCUAAAAAGGCAGCAGAAGCUAUACAGGAAAUUGAGGACAAACGCAGUGAUCCAGCUGCCAAUCCAGCUAAAGGUCCCGGGAAUCCUAUCAACGAAAUACCUAUUUUAAAUAUUAUACAAAAUUCCAUGAACAGUCAAGGAAAUGUAGAAAAUGGCGACGUUAUAAAAGAUGAUCCAGUACCAAAUAUUGCAGAGUCCCAAAUAAAAGAAGAAAAUAUAAAUCCAAAAUUACAAGACGUUAUCGCUAACGAACAAAAUCGAGUACCUUCUGUAGAACAAGAAAUUAAUUUAGAGAUUAUGAAAGCCGAAAAGCAUGACAUCGAAGCUUCUGAAGUAAAGCCUGAACUUGGAUCUAAUUCUAACUUAAAACAAAGUGAAACAAUGCCUAAUAAAGAGGAACAGGCUGCUGUUAAUAUAAAACAAUUAGAUACUCAAAACAGAGCCGAAAUUAAUGCCGAUGUCGAAAGCAAAACACAUAAUGUUCAACAACAAAAUUUAAAUAAACCGGUUAAAACUAAAUCAUUGAGUGGCCUGCAACCUCAUAUAGAAAAGCAGGCCACUGCGGAUUUACAACAAGAUGCAAGAAGCGAUAAGGACAUACAAAAUAAUAAUGUCAUAAACAAAAAACCAAAAUUAUUAAAUCAGCCAAGCGUAAAGGCUCAUUCGCAUUCCCCUGACGAACCACAGUCGUACAAACAAGGUGAAGACUCGCAGAAAAUAGACAGUAAACCCAGUCUUCAAAAUUUGGUUUUACCGCCAGUUAAUAACGAUAUAACUGUUAGGAAUGAGGUUCAGAAUGGAAAGAUUCUGAAAAAGCCAGAAGCAAGUGCGAAAAAUAAACCAGAUUCGAAUGCCAAUAUCGGUGGUAAUAUUCAACCAAAUGUUCAGAACGAUUUACACUCCAGGCAAAAGAGAGACAUAGAAGAUUGUCCGAAAAAGGUUGAAGUCAAAGAAAUUUACAGGAACGUGAUUGACAAUAAAUUAAAGAAUUCUGAAGAUAUAUUACCGCCAGUGGACUUUAACGGCGCAUUAAAAAGACAACCAGUUGACCCGAGUCUAAUGCAUCACAUUGUCAGAUCUCUAAAGAUGUACAACGAAAUGGAUAAGAAGAGAUAAAAAAAUGUUUGGUAUAU